CUGAAGGCCUUUAGUCGUGUUUCUGGUGGGAAAGGAUUUUGUGGUCUGCAGACAAGCGUCAGUAAAAAAAGACAAUAGCUUCCGCUGCCGCCGAGAUUUGAACUUGCAACCGCUGGAUUAUGAAUGUCGUUGUCGAAAUGAAUAAUUACAAGCAGCAGCCGAAGCUAAUUAAAAGGCCGAUCCGCGUCGUUCCUCAUAAAAGGCAGAAAUUCAAUACGAGAAUCCGCCAGAAGCUGGCUGCGGUCAGCGAUGUUCCCCUGACCCCUAUCUCUUAUAAUUGCAACAUGCGACCCCCGGAAUGAGAACCAAACAAUUCUACCAAAGAGACGAAGAAAACGUCGAAAAAAGCCGUCAAGAGACCAGCAAGAAAUAAUUCAGUACAGUCAGGAAGUGGACCUGAAGUCUUCACAACGACCCUGAAUAAAGUGAAAAGAAAAAAAUGGGUUCCUCUCAAUGCCAAACAAAAGGAAUAUAUAUCGGAUGUGAUGAAUUCAGCUAUCAGUUUUGCUACAUCAACUUUACCGAAUUCCUCUGAAGAAAUCAGCAGUUUAGACUCUUUCCUGCAUGCUGUGAAGAUUAAGUUGAUGCAACAAUUAAGCCAAAUCAUUGUGCCUCCACUCAGAUAUUCUGCAAUUGUUGGUGUUGAUAAACUUGUAAACUCCAGCAACAUAAUUCAAGAGCUUGAUGACAGGAUCGAAACCUUGGGUGAGGCGGUCAUCGAACAGAAAGAAUUACUGGCAGAGAAGAAGGAGAGGCUGAAAAGUUUGAAUUUGACCAGCAAAUCUGUCCGGUCGUAGUCUUUGGCCGUUGUCAUUUAGUCUCAACUUGGCUCUGAAUGAACAAGUCU